AUGGCCGAGGCCAGAAUUUCAGCAGAUCAGCUUUCAGUGGAUCAGUUCAGCUGUCCAGUUUGUCUGGAUCUACUGAAGGAUCCGGUGACUAUCCCCUGUGGUCACAGUUUCUGUAAUGUGUGUAUUAAUGACUGCUGGGAUCAGGAAGAGAAGAGCGGAGUGUACCGCUGUCCUCACUGCAGAGACACUUUCACUCCAAGGCCUGUUCUACGCAGAAACAACAUGCUGGCUGAAGUGGUGGAGAAACUGAAGAAGACUCAAGUCCAAGCUGCUUCUCCUGCUCACUGUUACGCUGGACCUGGAGAUGUGGAGUGUGAUUUCUGCACCGGGAGAAAACGCAAAGCCGUCAAGUCCUGUCUGAUGUGUCUGGCCUCCUUUUGUGAAGCUCAUCUCAAACCUCACUAUGAAGUUCCUGCUUUGAAAAAACACAAGUUGGUUGAAGCUUCUGGAAAUCUACAAGAGAAGAUCUGCUCUGAGCAUGAUAAAGUGAUCGAGAUCUACUGUCGUACUGACCAAAGCUUCAUCUGUUAUCUGUGUAUGACGGAUAAACACAGAGGACACAAUACUGUAUCAAUUAAAGCAUAUACAUCUGAAAAACAGAGUGAGUUAAAAGAGGAGCAGAUUAAAUCCCAGCAGAGAAUCCAGGAGAAGCAGAAGAAGAUGGAGGAACUGAAACAGACUGUGAACACUAUAAAGCGCAGUGCACAGAUAGCAGUGGAGGACAGUGAGAGGAUUUUUACUGAGAUGAUCAGCUCCAUGGAGAAAAGGCGCUCGGAGGUGAUGGAGCUGAUCAGAGCUCAGGAGAAGGCUGAACUGAGUCGAGCUGAACGACUCCUGGAGCAACUGGAGCAGGAGAUCACUGAUCUUCAGAGGAAAGUCACUGAGCUGGAGCAGCUUUCACACACAGAUGAUCACCUCCACUUCCUCCAGGAAAUAAAGGUUUUAGUCUCCGGCCGUCGCUCUCCCCAAUUUAACAGACCAAAUUUUCAGUCUGAUCUCCGUGAGGAUUCACGCAGCAUCACUGUCAAACAUUUCUCAUUUGAUGAAGUGAGGAAAUCUCUCUCUGCUCUGAAAAAGGGACUAGAGGAAUUCUGCCAGGAGGAACUCAUCAAAAUCCCUGAACAUGUUGAGGACGUUCAGAUGUUACUCUCAGAGCCAAAGAGCAGAGUCGAGUUUCUGAAAUAUUUCUGUCAUCUGACUCUGGAUCCCAACACAGUACAUUAUAACCUCAUUCUGUCUGAGAAGAACAGAGUGGUGACAGGCUGUGAGACAAAGAAGUGGUACUUUGAUCAUCCAGAGAGAUUUGAUUCCUGGGAACAGGUGUUGUGUAAGGAGAGUGUGUGUGGACGCUGUUACUGGGAGGUGGAGUGGAGCAGUGAAAAAUGGGUGUUCAUAUCAGCCUCAUAUAAAGACAUCAGCAGGAAAGGAGAGGAUGAAGAGUGUUUGUUUGGACGCAACAAUCAGUCCUGGAGUCUGCAGUGUUCUUCUUCUUCUCUCUAUUUCUGGCACAACUACAUUGAGACUGAGCUCAGAGUUCCAUCAUCCUCCAGAAUAGGAGUGUAUGUGGAUCACAGUGCAGGAACUCUGUCCUUCUACAGUGUCUCUAACAAGAUGAAGCUCCUCCACAGAGUCCGCACCACAUUCACUCAGCCUCUGUACGCUGGAUUCUGGCUUCCUCAUUAUGGAUCAACUGUGAGAUUAUGUGAUACAAAAUAAAAUAUUAGUAAUGUGAUUUGUAUUUAAAAUAUUCAAUAUAUCAUAAUUUAUUUUAUUAAUCAAGCUCACUCAGAGAUGGAAUAUAAGUAACUUAUUUUAUAUUUCUUCAUUUUUUAAAAUAGUACC